UACGUGCCCACGGCGCUCGACCGCUUCUCCGCCGUGAUCCAAGUGGACGGCGCCCCGAUCCGGCUCCAGCUGUGCGACACGGCAGGGCAGGAUGAGUUCGACGCCCUGCGCCGGGUGUGCUACCCCAAGGCCGACGUCCUGCUGCUCUGCUUCAGCGUGGUGGCCCCCACGUCCUUCCGGAACGUCGCGGACAAGUGGGUCCCCGAGGUGCGGCGCCUCUGCCCCGGCACGCCGGUGCUGCUGGUGGGCACACAGGCCGACCUGCGGCACGAUGUCAAGGUGCUGAUCGCGCUCUCCCGGCGCCACGAGGAGCCAGUGCCUGCCGCGGCCGCCCGGGCGCUGUCCGCCAAGCUGGGGCUGGUGCGCUACGUGGAGUGCUCAGCCCUCACGCAGCACAACGUCAAGGAGGUGUUCGACGCCGCCAUCACGGUGGGGCUGCGGCACGCUGAGCCCCCAGGGCCCCCGCCCCACAGGAGCGCCGCCAGCAGCCUCCGGACCCUCUCCAAAGCCUGGUGGAAGAAGUACGUUUGUGUGCGGUAGCCCCUGCCGGUGCUGUGUCCUGGGCUUCGAUCCCAGGACGCGCCCCUUUGACUGGCCGGGGUGCUGGUGCUGCACUGUGGAGAACGGACCCCCCACCGCCCGUGGCUCCUCGCCUGUGGACCGGGCUGUCUGGACGGAGGAGGCUCCCGGCCCCGAAGGCAGCCGGACUCCCACCGUGGCGAUGCUCACGCCUCGCACUGCCUCGUGCAGAGGGGCCGGCCAGGGGCCGCCCGAGCCAGCCCCCCAGGCAGCAGUGCUCUCGGUGGGGGUGGCUUUCACCCCCAGCCCCCCAUGAACGGACCCUCCAGGCUGCAGCAUGGCGAGGCACGUGUGGUGCACUCCCGGCCCCCCGGAAGCGAGGGGCACGGCCGUCCGGGCUGGAGCUGCUGCGCUCGAGGGGCACAGAGGGGCACAGGCGUUUCUCCCAUGGCAUGCUGGGAAGGUGCUGAGCGGCAGCUUCCCCGCACGGGGCCGUGUGUGAGAGGGAGCGAAGCUGGAGCGCCCCCCCGCCCCCCCCCCCGCCACUCUGCAGGUGGAGAGCAGCGGCAGCCAGGCAGGAACUGUCUGUGGCGGAACUGUGCCAUGAAAGUGAAACUGACACGCGGCAUGAGAAUCGUGCUUCAGCCCGACCUGCUUGUGCCUGCCGAGCCCGAAGUUGCGCUCCCGGGGCCGGCGGGGCUGUGGCAGGCUGGCUUGCUCGCACUUCAGACUUCCCUGCCGCUCUUUCCCCUUUCCUUCCGUGGAAAAGGCUCUGCCAUUCAGACCUGAUUCCCAAGGAUGGGGACGGCUUCCCCGCUGCCAGGGCUGCUCCCCGCGGGGCUCACUCGCCCUUCCCCGAUGGAAGGAUCCGCAGGGAGAAAGGGGAGCGUCUCUUCCUCUCAUCCUGGAAAAUCUUGAAGAAACAGGCACUUGCAGCGCUUUCGAAGCGGCUGGUUUUCUGCGGGGCCAUGAACUGCGCUGCAGCCCAGAGACGGAUCGAGCAAGGGGGGAGUAGCCCCUCCCACCUCCCCCCCCCGGCUGCCGUUCACGCUGGAGCAGCGCUGCACCUGGGGCAAAAGUCUGCCUGCCCCUUGCUUUUCACACGGAAGCGAUUAAACCCCCAAAC